AUGGAUGCCUAUCAAGAAUUCAUAGAUCCUUCGAGGAUAACGAGUUGUAUAGGUUGUAAUUUUAUAUCACCUACAACCAAGAAUUUAAUACUCGCAAAGGGAUCUAUACUCCAAAUAUUUGAAACGAUCUUAUUAAAACAAUCUACAACCAACAAACCACAAUAUAGACUAAAAUUGAUUGAACAAUUUAAAUUACAAGGAACUAUAACUGAUCUUAAAUCUAUAAGAACAUCAGAAUCACCAGACUUAGAUUAUGUUUUGGUAUCAACCAAAUAUGCCAAAUAUUCAAUAAUUAAAUGGAAUCAUCAAGCACAUUCUAUAUCAACCGUGUCACUACAUUAUUAUGAAAAUUGUAUUCAAAAUUCAACAUUUGAAGAAUUAGGAAUAUCAGAGUUAAUCUUGGAACCUACUUAUAAUUCAGUUUCAUGUCUUCGAUAUAAAAAUUUGCUAUGCUUUUUACCAUUUGAAGGUAUAGAUAAUGAAGACUAUGAUGAUGAUGAUGAUGACGAUAUUGAAGAAGACGAAGAUGAACCAAAAACUAAUGGGAAUUCAAAAGAGGAGAUCAAUCAAUUUUACGAUGCGAGUUUCAUACUAGAUGCCCUGAAUUUAGAUUCUUCUAUUGAUACAGUAGUGGACAUGCAAUUCUUACAUAAUUAUCGAGAUCCUACUAUAGCAAUACUAUCACAAAGGACACAUGCGUGGGCGGGAAAUUUAAUGAAAACAAAGGAUAACAUCCAAUUAACAUUAUUGACUUUAGAUUUAGAAUCAAAAUCAACUUUGCCAGUUUUCAAAAUAGAUAAUUUACCAUAUGAUGUUGAUAGAAUAAUAUCAUUACCACAACCAUUGAAUGGAUGUUUAUUAAUUGGGUGUAAUGAAAUAUUACAUGUUGAUAAUAGUGGAUUAGUAAAACGUAUUGCAGUAAACCAAUUCACAUCUUUAAUUACAUCAUCUACUAAAAAUUAUCAAGAUCAAUCAACUUUAAACUUAAAAUUGGAAGAUUGUUGUGUUGUACCAAUCCCCGAUGAUCAUAGAGUUUUGUUGGUGACAAAUCACGGAGACUUUUAUUUUAUAAAUUUUGAAUUAGAUGGUAAAUCAAUAAAAAAAGUGUUUUUGGAGCCUGUUGAUAAAAAGAUGUAUAACAACAUUAAGCUAACAUACCCAGGUGAGGUCGCUUCUUUGGACAAAAAUCUAUUAUUUUUUGCAAAUAUGAAUGGUGAUAGUCCCUUGGUUCAAGUAAAGUACAAAAACUCUUUAAAAGUGAUCGAAACCGAGGAGGAAGAAGAAGAGGAACCGAAAGAAGAUUCUGAUGACGAUGAUUUAUAUAAAGAGGAAGAAGAAGAAGAGCAACAAAAAGUACUUAGAAAGUCCCAUAUUGAAUUUGUCAUUCAAGAUAAAUUGGUGAAUAAUAGUCCAAUUUCGUCCUUCACAUUGGGGUUAUGUUCUCGAGAGAAAUUUAAAUGCAAUUUACCUAAUCCAAGUUAUAACGAAGUACUGAUUAUAAGUAAUUCCGGAUCUCAUGAUCAAGGUAAAUUAAAUAUUAUAACGCCAACUAUACAAUUAGACAUCUCAUCUUCAUUAUCGUUUUCACAAGUCAACCGUAUGUGGAAUUUAAAUCAGAAAUUUUUAAUUACUUCAGAUGACAUAAAUGCAAAAUCUGAAAUUUUUCAAAUUGAAAAACUGUAUACUAGAAUGAAAUCAAAAGAUUUUAUAAAUGAUGAAUUAACAAUCAAUGUUCAUGAAUUAAAUAAUGGGAAAUUUAUUUUACAAAUCACACCAAAACAGAUAUUGUUAUUUGAUUCUAAAUUUAAAGUAAGAUUGAAUUUAAAUGAGGAAAUCAAAAAUGAUGAAAUUUUGAGUAGUACAUUACGUGAUGAAUUAUUAAUGAUUUUUUUGGCAAGUGGUGAUGUUAUGAUUUUUUCCAUAAAUACUUACAACGAAUCAUAUUCCAAAAUUAGUAUUCCCAAAUUAUUAGAGGAUACAAUUAUCACCACAGGUUAUAUCACAAGCUCUCAUUUAUUAAAUGCUGUACUGAAAAAUGUUGAGCUUCUAACAAAUUCAAGGAAAAGAAGAUAUAAUUCAAUUACCACCAUCACUCAAAAAGCAGAACCACCUAAAUCUCAAAAGCAAAAAAUCUUUAUCUUAGUUACUGGUGAUAAUAGAAUAGUUGCAUUUAAUAGACAUCAUAAUGAAAAAUGCUUUCAAUUAAAUGAUGUUUCAAAAUUCAGUGAUCAUUUGGAAUUGAGUUUCUUUGAUAUAAAUCAAGCACCGCCAGAUCCAUUUAUCAAACAAGUUAUACUAAAUGAUCUUGGAGAUAAUGAUCACAAAGAAGAAUAUUUAACAAUACUUACAAUUGGUGGUGAGGUAUUUUUGUACAAGUUGUUUUUUGAUGGUGAGAAUUAUGUAUUUAAAAAGGAAAAAGAUUUAAAAAUCACUGGUGCUCCUGAAAACGCAUUCAAUGCUGGGACAAUGAUUGAAAGAAGACUUGUUUAUUUCCCAAAUUUAAAUGGCUUUACAUGUAUAUUCGUUACCGGGCUAAUACCAUUUCUUGUGAUGAAAAAUUGUCACUCCAUACCGAGAAUCUUCCAAGUUUCCAAAAUCCCAGCUGUAUCAAUUUCCGCAUUUUCUGAUUCCAAAAUCAAAAAUGGGUUGAUCUUUUUAGAUGAUAAACAAAAUGCUAGAAUUUGUCAAUUGUCGUUGGAUUAUAAUUAUGAAUUCAACCUACCAAUUAAACAUGUACAUAUGGGAGAGCUGAUCAAAUCUGUUACAUAUCAUGAGCAAUCAGAUAUGUAUAUUGUUUCUACAUUUAAAGAAAUACCAUAUGAUUGUAUCGAUGAAGAAGGUAAAACUAUAGUUGGUGCUUAUAAAGACAAACCUUCUGCCACUUCGUUUAAAGGAUCAAUAAAAUUAGUUUCCCCAUAUAAUUGGACCGUAAUUGAUACGAUUGAAUUGCAAGAUAAUGAAGUUGGAAUGACUGUACAAUCAAUGAUUUUAGAUGUUGGAUCAUCAGUUAAAAAAAUUAAAUCUAAAAAGGAGUAUAUUGUAAUAGGUACUGGGAAAUUAAGAAUGGAAGAUUUAGCUGCAAAUGGUUCUUUUAAGAUUUAUGAAAUUAUUGAUAUUAUACCUGAGCCUGGUAAACCGGAAACAAACCACAAAUUUAAAGAAAUUUUUCAAGAAGAUACAAGAGGUGCUGUAACCAAUAUAUGUGAUUUAAGUGGAAGAUUCUUAGUCGCACAAGGUCAAAAGAUUAUUGUACGUGAUUUACAAGAUGAUGGUGUAGUCCCAGUUGCAUUUUUAGAUACUCCGGUAUAUGUUUCGGAAGCUAAAAGUUUUGGUAAUUUAUUAAUGUUGGGAGAUCCUUUGAAAAGUGUUUGGUUGGUGGGAUUUGAAGCAGAACCUUUUAGAAUGGUCAUGUUGGGUAAAGAUACUCAACAUUUGAAUGUAGAAAGUGCUGAUUUUAUUGUAAACGAUGAAGAAAUUUACAUUUUGGUUGCUGAUAAUAAUAAUGUAUUGCAUUUAAUACAAUAUGAUCCUGAUGAUCCUUCAUCAAUCAAUGGUACAAUCUUGUUGAAUAAAGCAUCAUUUGAAAUUAGCUCAACAUCGACAUGUAUGAGAUCAAUUCCAAAGGGAGAUUCUGGAAAUUAUCAAAUUUUGGGUUCAACCUUAGAUGGAUCUUUUUAUAAUGUUUUCGCAUUAAAUGAAUCCACAUAUAGAAGAAUGUAUAUAUUACAACAACAAUUACUGGAUAAAGAGUACCACUUUUGUGGGUUAAAUCCAAGAUUACAUAGAUUUGGAUCUUUGGUUAUGAAAGAUAAUGAAAUGAAUAGUAGACCAAUUUUAGAUUAUAGCUUGAUAAAAGAUUUUACCAAAUUAAAUCUUGAUAGACAAAAGAAUUUGGCUACAAAAAUUAAUGUUAAAGGUUCAACUCAAGAAAUUUGGAAAGAUAUCAUCGAGUUAGAAUAUUCUUUAGAGGAUUUAUAG